AUGCAGGCGUUGGAGACGACUUUGGCCGCGUUCCAGGAGCAUACCACACAGCUAUUUAAUGCGCUCAAUGCUCAAGCAUCACUUGUAGUGCACGAUGCGCAAGCGCGCGAUACAUCUGUUGCCGAGCAUCUCGCUGCACUGGAAAAACUCGAUGCGUCGCUGGGCCCAACGCUCGCAAUGGCCGCGACGCACCAAGCGAACCAAGCACGACUUAAUCCUCUUCUCCAGGAGGUCAAGCAGCGCGAUGCGCAGCAGCGCGAUGCCAUUGCUGAAAUUGCAUCCAUGCGCGGCGAGCUGCAGUCGUUGCUCCAAAUGGGCGAGGCCGAGCGCGACGAGAUGCAGCGCGCGGAACAAAAUCCGCUCUUGUACAAAGACGUACUCCACUAUGCGCAGCGGCUUUCAAAGUAUACAGCGGCACCGCCUGGGUACCGCCUAGAGGUGCAGAAUGAAGGGGUGCAAAGCAAUGGCCCAGCGGUGCGGCUUGCCGCGGAUUAUAAUCAGCAGGCGGCGCGCGCUGCAGGGUACUAUGACCCCGCGAUUUCUUCCAUGGCGCAGGAUCUGCCGUACCCAUCGGAUCGGCUCAUGCGCCAGGGCAUCUUGUAUGCAGACGCCGCGGCGGACGGUGUCCAGCCGGAGCCAGGACAAGGAAGCGCACCUACACAUGAUACCACAGAGGCAAGCACGGCGCACGAGCCUGUUCCGGAGGCGCUUGAUGCGUUUGCUAUGGAUGACGACGACGCGUUUGAUUUGGAUUUGAACCCGUAG